GACGGCGCGUGAACGCCACUCACACCCUACUCCCUCUUCCCAAACAAAGACUCACAGCCAAGCCAACCCUCUUCCCGUCCUUCGAUCUGUGGCUGCGACCGCGAGAGAAAUCAAUCGGAGAAGAAAGAAGAAGGAAGAAGCAGACGAGAAGAAUGAGGAAGUUCGAUCCGUGGCCGGUGUUCUUCAAGCGAGAGUGGAGCCGCACCUGGCCGUUCCUCGUCGGAUUCGCCGUGACUGGCACCCUCAUCACCAAGCUCUCCCUCAGCCUCACCGAGGAGGACGCGAAGAACUCUCCCUUCGUGCAGAGGCACAAGAAGCACUAAAUGUCAGGAGCUUCUCAAUAGCUACAUCAGCACCUCUCGAAGAGGAAGGGAUUCAAUAAACUGUUUUUCUUUCAUGUUCUUUUGUUCGAUGGCAUUUGAUCAUUCGGAUCACGCCAUUAAUGGUACUUGAAGUCUGGGAACCACUCUUAUUUGAACUCCUUACGGAAGUGAAAGUUUCCUUUUGCUGUGGAAUUCUCACUGUUUGUGGAUGAAAUCGAGUUAAAUACAGCUCUGUGCCUCUCAUGCCUUUUCAA